GAGACCUGGAUGAGGUCAGCUCUGGAUGAGCUCCCCAUGGCCCAGCUCGUGCAGGACAUCGCCCAUUGGAUGGGGAAUGUGAGCAGCCGUGGGGCUGCAGAGCUCCAGGGAGGGCACCAAGUUCUCCCAUCCAACUUCCAUCAGGAGCAGGAAAGACCUCAGGAUGUUCAUCCCCAGCCAGAGAGCAUCCUGGUCCUUCAGGAGGUGAUGGAGAAGCUGCAGAAGGUCAACCAGAGCCUGGAGCUGAUGCUGACAGCCUUGGAAGAUGCACAAAGCCAGCUGGAAAAGCACCUGGAGCACCUCAAAGCCAUCCCUGACCUGGAUGGUCAGAGCCAAAGUGUCACCUCCUCCUGCAUCCCACACAGCUCAUACUUCGUGCUCCUGGUUCUCCCACUGGUGCCAGCAUCAUUCCAGGCCAUCUUUCUCCUCCUUUUCCUCGCUUCCAGCACCCUCGGCAUUCCAGCAAUCUCCACUCUCCUGGUCCUUGCUGCAGCAGGGCAUUGGCUGCUGGCAUCCGGCUGCCAUGGUGCCAGAAGGAUCCGGCCAGUGGUUCCCCGGGAAAAGGCCCGGUACCGGCUCACCUCCACCCCGGAGAGGGAAUGUGAUAUGGAGCUGCUGCAAGAGGAGUUGGACAGGAUGGAGAUGAGCUGCCUGCAAAAUGAGAGGCGCCUACAAGAGCCCUCACACCUGGAGCAGCCCCAAGAGGUGGCCAGGGACAUUCCCAAAUUCACAAGGCAGGUGUCACCUGACCCCGAUGCCCAGAGGACAACACCGAGCUUGUGUGGGGUGACACCGGAGCUGGUCAUGGAUGCUGGGAAGCUCCUGGAGCCCAAACCCUGCAGGCCAAGGGCCAACAUGUCCCCGUGCCAGGGGCUCACCAGGGCUGGGCAGCGGUGCCGGAAGAAAGCGAUUCCCGGGCUGGAAUUCUGCCACAUCCACACCACCAGCAGUAGCUUGGCCAUGGAUUCAUCCCCCCAUUUUUGACCCUCCAGCCCCUCCCUGAGGGGUUUUAACCCUUUUUAUGGCUAUUCCAGAUCCUGGUGGAGAACAUGGGCCCUAAGGA